AUGUCUGGCCGGCGCUUGCUGGAUGUCAUUCAAUUACUCAAUGUCUCGAAAACUGUAGCCGGAAAACAUCUGGCCAUUCGCCAACAUCAGCUCGAUGUCUACACGCGGACUUCCUCCCUCACGAAGGGCAUCAAGGAACAGACAGAAGGGCUGAUCCUGACCGCACAAGCCGCUGCCGCCCUCGCGCGACGGUUCAAUGAUCCCUCGCCACCUCCCCCAACCUCCCCGUCGCCGACCACCGUCUCCGCCGACCCAUCGGCCGACGCUGCUCCUACCUCCCCGAAAGCUGCGGAAAAAACAGCCGCAUCCCCCACAUCGGACAACGCCCGCGUUCAGGAACAUCACGUGGAGUCGCAGAUUCCCUCUGCGACAGCGCAAUAUACCGGCACUGAGAAGCCUGCCGACUUAAAUACCAGCCAGCAGCAGGAUGUCUUCUACAAACCCUCGCGGCAGACUGCGCCAGACACAUCUGCACAGCCGCACGUGACAAUACCACAGGCUGCUGCGGAUGUUCAAGCUGGUGGAAGCGAUGGGUUGAAUGCCGACGUGUUUCACGCGGCUACUGGGCCGGAAACCAAAGCUUCCCCGGAGACACAGGAGGAGAUUCCAGAGGAGAUGAUGCAGGAUAUUUUCCAAAGCCCACGGGUGUCUCGUUUGCUUGCAGGAAAACCCAGAAUGAAGAGAGACUGGCUUGCAGAGAAGUAUGCUCGGUCUACUCCGCCAGGCGCGCCAUUGGCCGCAGAAUCCCAGGUCCCAGCGAAGACUGAGCAAGAGGAAGCUCAGAAGCUAGCUGCCAGCAUCGCCGAGGAUGUUGUCGCGCCAGUAGCGGAGGUAGUGGCCGAGGACAAGACCGUGCCCUACCAGAUGAUGGAAUCACGCGUUCCGUCUUCCCGAAUUGGUAGACUGUGGCAGUAUGGAGGAUUGGCAACUUCAAUGGCCUUUGGUGCCGUUAGUGAAACGGUUCGCCGAGCGACUGGCAGCCAAGAGAGUGGCUCUAUCAUGUUCAGCGCUGCGAAUAUGGAACGGAUGGUGGCAAAGCUGUCAAAAAUGCGAGGCGCCGCUCUCAAGCUAGGUCAAAUGCUAAGCAUUCAAGAUUCAAACAUGCUGCCACCGCAAAUCCAGCUAGUCCUGCAGCGGGUGCAAGAUCGCGCCGAUUACAUGCCUGCUUCGCAGCGUGAUAAAGUGCUUGCUGAUAAUCUCGGUCCUGACUGGCGGGAUCUUUUUUCCUCCUUCGACGAGGUUCCUAUGGCCGCAGCUUCUAUCGGCCAGGUCCAUUCCGCUGUCCUUAAGCGAACAGGCAAGCCUGUCGCAGUGAAGGUUCAAUACCCCGGCGUGGCAGACUCAAUCGAUUCCGAUCUGAACAACCUGUCCAUCCUUCUGACUGCUUCCCGGCUCCUUCCUCGAGGCCUCUACCUCGACAAGACCAUCGCCAACGCCCGUGUCGAACUCGGCUGGGAAUGCGACUACAUCCGCGAAGCUGAGUGUAGCGUCCGCUUCCGCGAACUCCUCCGUGGAGACCCCGUCUUCGUGGUACCAGAAGUCAUGCCCGAAGCCUCGGGCAAACAGGUACUGACCAUGGAAAUGCUCGAAGGAGUCGCUGUAACCAAAAUCCAAGACUUUACUCAAGACCAACGCGACUGGAUCGGUACCCAGAUCAUGCGUCUGUGUCUGCGCGAGAUCACCGAAUUCCAUUAUAUGCAAACAGAUCCCAACUGGACUAACUUCCUCUACAACGCUCGCACAAACCGUCUCGAGCUCCUUGAUUUUGGUGCCUCGCGCGCGUAUCCCAAGGAAUUCAUCACCACUUACGUACGCACCCUCGUCGCGGCUGCUAGCAAUGACCGUAAAGCGUGCCACGAUCUCUCUGUUGAACUCGGCUACCUCACUGGCCUCGAGUCCCAGGCUAUGGUUGACGCUCACGUCUCGUCGAUUGUUACCAUUGCUGAGCCGUUCAUGCUCUCCUCGCCUGAUCUCUAUGAUUUCCAGAAUCAGACUAUCACUGAUCGCAUUCGGGCGCUUAUUCCUGUGAUGAUUCGUGAACGUCUCGCUCCUCCUCCCGAGGAGACGUACAGCUUGCACCGUAAGCUGAGUGGUGCUUUCUUGCUUUGCGCCCGGCUGGGUAGCCGUGUUCCUUGCAAAGAAUUGUUUGCUGAGGCUAUCCGUAAUGCGGAGCUGAAGGGUUUACCGGUGGGUGAGCAGAAGUCGACCUGA